AUGUAUUCCUCAGGAACGAGUUUUCCAGGACCUCCAUUACCAGAUAUUGAUACCUGUACACCUAAGGGAGGUACUUGUGUAAAUGAUACAUCAGUAUGUGUAGGAUUUACAGAUACGUGGGCUCUUUGUCGUAACAGUCAGACAUGUUGUAAACCAGCUCCAUCUACGACACACCCGGAACCACCACAGCCAGAAACAGAUAUUUGUGGUAAAGUCACAAGAAUAAAACUUAAACAUUUUCAUCAAACAUCUAGAAUAGUAGGUGGUCAGUUUGCGGAAGAAGGGGAAUGGCCUUGGAUGGUCAGUAUAGAUGAUGCAGAUGGACAUUUUUGUGGUGGGACCCUUAUAUCUAAUCAAUGGAUCGUUACAGCUGCGCAUUGCUUGGAACGGAAAAUCAUACCAGAAGUGAACCUAACACUUGGUGAACACCACAAAGUCGUUAUGACAGGUAACGAGGAACUAGUACAGAUAGACACCUGGAUUGUGCAUCCAGACUACAUUGCAAAUGUUCCUGGUAUACCUUACGAUAUCGCCUUGAUACGACUAGUCCAUCCUGUCGACAUUUCUGAUCAUUACAUAAGAACUGCCUGUCUUCCGAUCAGUAACCUCACCAAUAUAGAUGACAUCAAUUCUGAUUGUUACAUCAGCGGAUGGGGAUCCACAAAAGGUAUCGCUGAUAGACGCCAUCUUCAACAUUUAAAUGUAUCUAUUAUGUCUACCGCCAGCUGUAAUCAAUCAUGGGAAGGAGAUAUACUAGAUAGUCACAUUUGUGCAGGAAACGGCAAUACCGGAUCAUGCCAGGGAGAUUCCGGAGGACCACUAGUAUGCAAUAUCAAUGGACAGUUCGUUCUGUAUGGAGUGACAUCUUGGGGAGAUAGGUCAUGCAAAGCGAUAGGAUUUCCUGACAUUUACACAAAAGUGGCUUCAUACUUACCGUGGAUAGAAAAGGUCAUAGAAACACAUAAUGAUGUAGAUCAAAACCUUGGUGAAAUAAUGGAAAGUUUUAUUCGCAAAAUUUUAGAUGUAAUUGUAGACUUUUUGAAAAAAUCUGUUGAAAGAUUUACAGAAAAUAAAUAACAUGAUUUUACUACAAAAUUUUAAAAUCUCACAUAUCAUACAAUGAUUUUUUUUAAUAAUUUCGGCAAAAA